UGACGUACAUUAUUUGUUGAACGGAAGCAGUUCGGUUUCCUCUUUCUCAAAUCCUCCAGGCCACCCUUAGCACUGUUGCGCGCCUUUUAGGUUAAUUUCAAAGUAACAGGUAGCUAGCUUGUGUAAUAUACAUUAUUCAAACGCAAAGCAUAUGUCUGAAUACUAAAUUCAUUUGAAAUUGAAUAGACGUUUAUGCAAAAUGCCCAAUUUUUGCGCGGCUCCAAAUUGUACCAGGAAGAGCACUCAAUCCGAUUUGGCUUUUUUCAGGUUUCCAAGAGAUCCAGAAAGAUGUAGGCUCUGGGUUGAGAACUGUCGUCGGGCGGAUCUGGAGGCGAAAACAUCAGACCAACUCAAUAAACACUACAGACUGUGUGCCAAACACUUUGACCCGGCUAUGGUUUGUAAAACCAGCCCUUACAGAACAGUACUGAAGGAUACUGCUAUUCCAACCAUAUUUGAUUUAACAAGCCACCUCAAAAAUCCUCAUAGCAGACAUCGCAAGCGGAUCAAAGAAUUGACUGAAGAAGACAUAAGGAGAAUUAAAGAGAGAAGAUUGGCAUCCUCCAUUGAACAGCUCCACUCAAAGAAAGACAUUGAGGCAACUGAGGGUCAAGAUGCCGCUGAGGAGGAAAUCAAGCUGUCCCCAGAGGAGAAGGAGUUCCGAGAUUACCUGAGGUCUCUGUUUGAGAUUGUUUUCAUGCUAGGAAAGCAGAACAUCCCAUUGGAGACCAAUGUCCCAGAAGGACUGGAGAGAGAUCCCAGUAAUUUCCAGGCCUUACUGGAGUACCGCAUUAAUGCUGGAGAUGAGGCUCUGAGGAGACGGUUUGAGGCCACCGCAGUGAAUGUGGAGUACCUCUCCACGGCCCAGCAGAGCCAGCUCCUAGACGUCUGUGAGGGCACUGUCAGAGAGGAGGUCCUCAUGGAGGUGAGAGAGAGUCGCUUCUUCUCACUGGUCACAGGGGACCUGGUGGAGUUCGCUGGGGAGAGACACCUGCCUCUCUUUCUGCGGUUUGUAGAUCAGUCCAACACUCUCAGGGAGGAGUUCUUGGACUUUCUUCCGUUCGAGGGGGACGAGGCCUCACUGGUGGAGAGGCUAGAGACCCAAGUGACAGAAGGGUGGGGGCUGAGGAUGGAGGACUGCCGUGGCCAGGCCCAUGUAGCCACCGGCACCUUUGCCACUAAGAUGAAAGCUGUGGCAGUCGGACUGAUGGGAAAGUACCCCAUGGCAAUGCACACGCCUUGUUCCACCUGCGCACUGAAUAUACACCUGGCCAACAGCCUUCCCUUCCCCAGUGUUCAGGUUGUCAUGGCAACCCUGAGAAAGAUUGGCAACUUCUUUAAGCAGUCUCCAUCCUUGCAGGCUGAACUGGAGAAGGCCAUCUCUGUUUACCACCAGGGAAAUUAUGAGAAGGCAACCGAGCUGAAGGAGGCCUGCAGCUCUAACUGGACAGUGCAGCACAACGUGUUUGAACUGACUGUGGACCUGCUUGAGUCCCUCCUGCUAUGCAUGGACUGCAUUCGGGACAAUGAGAACUUCAAGUUUCCUGACGCUAUGACUGGGGACGCCUACUCAAUCGCAGAGACCCUGGCUGACUUUGAGUUUAUUGUCACCUUGGUCAUCCUGAAAAAUGCUCUUUCUUUCACACGAGCCUUUGGCAAAAACCUGCAAGGGGAGGCCCUUGAUGUGUUCUUCGCUGCCAACAGUCUAACAGCUGUCCUGCACUCUCUGAAUGAAGUCUUCGACAACAUCGAGGUCUACCAUGAGUUUUGGUUUGAGGAGGCUGUGAAUCUGGCAGGUACCAUGGAGAUCCCGGUGAAGGUGCCUCGUCUGUUCCUCCGGAAGCACCGAUCGCCCGACACAGGCGAGAUCCCGCCAGAGACUUACUUCAAGGAGUAUGUGACGGUCCCGGUGAUCCGCGGCAUCAUCGAUGAAGUGGACGACAUCUUCUCCCAGAGCAACCUCAAAGCCCUCAAGUGCCUGUCCCUGGUCCCUGCCAUCAUGGGCCAGAUGAAGUUCAACACCUCAGAGGAGAACCAUGCAGAUGUGUACCGCAAGGACCUCCCCAACCCAGACACGCUGCCCGCUGAGCUGCAUUGCUGGAAGAUCAAAUGGAAGCACCGGAGCAAGGAGGUCCGCCUGCCCUCCACCAUCCACGAGACACUUCAGCUGUCGGACAUCAAGUUCUUCCCCAACGUCAACUGCUUCCUGAAGGUCCUGACCACCCUGCCUGUUCUGAUGCUGGAGGACAGUGGCAGCUCUGAGACAUCCAGGAAACGCCUACAGACUUAUCUCAGUGACACACCUAUCAAACACAGGUGUAAGAGUCUAGCUGUGCUCCACAUAAACUCUCAUGUUAAGCAUGACCUGGAUGUCAUGGUUGAAAAAUACUGCAGACUGUACCCCGAGGAUGAGCCUGAACCCGAGCCCGAGUCUGAGAUCAGCACUGUGGUGAUAUAGCAUGUUAAGUUUGAACUUGUGGAGUUUUUUCCGUAUAAAGGGUACAAAAAUCCAAUUAAAAUUACAUUCAAAUUAUGUCUCGCUGUUGUAUUAUAGCUUUAGUCUGAUAGUUUCAUGAAAAUGGUAACUGUAAAAUCUGAGUAAAAUAUGACCUCUAGACAAGGUUUUUUGGGAAUAAUUGUGUAACAUUUUGAUCAUUAAUAUUGCUCUGUACCUUAAGAAUUUUGCCAUUAAACAUUUUUUAAAUA